AUGGCUGCUGCUCAAGGUUACCCUCUUCUGUGUCUGGAGAACCCUCUCCUCGACAUCCAGGCUCGUGGCGAUGCCGCUCUCCUGGAGAAGUAUGAUCUGAAGCCCAAUGAUGCUAUCCUCGCCGAGGAGAAGCACAUGGGUAUCUACGAGGACCUGCUUGCCCGCGAUGCCAAGCUGAUCCCCGGUGGUGCUGCCCAGAACACCGCUCGUGGUGCCCAGUACAUGCUCCCUGAGAACUCCGUUGUCUACAUCGGUUGUAUCGGUAAGGACAAGUACGGUGAGAUCCUCAAGAAGACUUGCGAGGAGGCCGGUGUCCACACCGAGUACCGUAUCGACGAGACCCAGCCCACCGGUAAGUGUGGUGUUGUCAUCACUGGCCACGACCGCAGCAUGUGCACCCACCUCGCUGCUGCCAACGAGUACAAGCUUGAGCACCUCAAGCAGCCCGAGGUUUGGUCUCUGGUCGAGAAGGCCCAGCAUUACUACGUCGGUGGCUACCACCUGACUGUCUGUGUUCCCGCCAUCCUUGCCCUUGGUGAGGAGGCUGCCGCUAAGAACAAGACCUUCAUGCUGUCUCUCUCUGCCCCUUUCAUUGCUCAGUUCUUCAAGGACCAGCUGGAUAGCGUCCUGCCCUACACUGACUACACCUUCUGCAACGAGACUGAGGCCAUUGCCUACUCCGAGGGCCACCAGUGGGGCACCGAGGAUAUCACUGAGAUCGCCAAGAAGCUCGCUCAGCUCCCCAAGAAGAACACCCAACGUCCCCGUGUUGCCAUUGUCACUCAGGGCACUCUCCCCACCAUUGUCGCCAUCGGCUCUGCUACCGGUGACGUCGAGGUGAAGGAGUUCAAGGUCCGCGAAAUCUCCAAGGAGGCCAUCAACGACACCAACGGUGCUGGUGAUGCCUUCGCCGGUGGUUUCUGCGCUGGUAUCGUCGCGGGCAAGUCCCUCGAUGACAGCAUCGACAUGGGCCAGUGGCUCGCCAGCAAGAGCAUCCAGGAGCUUGGACCUUCCUUCCCCUCCCCCAAGCAGACCUACUCCCGCUCCUAA